AUUUAUUUUUACUUUUCACACAAAAGUUUGAAUCAGCUUCAUGUACAAAUGGCUAAACUGUCAGUUCUAGUUCUCCAGCUAUGUCUGGAAUUAAAUCAAGACUAUAUAUCUGUAAAAUUCCCCUGCCUCUCAGUCUCCCCAUCUAAAAAUGACUCUUUAAAUGUGUUUAUUUAGACGUGAACCACUGGCUCUUAUCAACCUCAAAAAGAAAAAUGAAGAAACGGGUGAAGAAGAGCUUGCCUCUCGCUUAGAUCACUGCAAAGCAAAAGCCACCAGGCACAUAUUCCUGAUCCGCCAUUCCCAGUACCACUUGGAUGGCCGGGCUGACAAAGACAGAACUCUGACCCCACUGGGUCGAGAGCAGGCUGAACUGACUGGACGCAGGCUGGCAAGUUUGGGAUUAAAAUUUGAUCAGAUUAUCCACUCCUCCAUGACUAGAGCAACUGAAACAACUGAAAUUAUAAGCAAACAUCUCCCAGGAGUCAAAAAAAUCAGUACUGAUCUGCUGAGAGAGGGAGCACCUAUAGAACCAGACCCUCCAGUCUCCCACUGGAAACCAGAAGCUGUGCAGUAUUACGAAGAUGGAGCUCGAAUUGAGGCUGCUUUUCGAAACUUCAUUCAUAGAGCUGACGCCAAGCAGGAGGAGGACAGCUACGAGAUCUUCGUGUGCCACGCCAACGUCAUCCGCUACAUCGUGUGCAGAGCACUGCAGUUCCCCCCUGAAGGUUGGCUGCGACUGUCCCUCAACAACGGCAGCAUCACUCACUUGGUGAUACGUCCCAACGGCAGAGUGGCCCUUCGAGCACUGGGUGACACAGGUUUCAUGCCUCCAGACAAAAUCACACGCACCUGAGUGAGCCAGAUGGAUCGAUGGCUGUCCAGGGGCUGCCUCUAGUCUCUUUGCACUAGCACAUUCUGCUACAGUACCACUAGAUUUUUAUUAUGUUGGGGUGUGAUGCUGUCUUCAAAUGUCCUUUGGCCCCAUUCCUCCUUCAUAUUCAUAUCUGCCUUUCAGUCCAGAAAAGAAGAAAUCUUUGUAAGCCUGAACAUGUCCAGUCCUUAAGUAUUCCUCAAAACUCAAAGCUGAGCUGUGGAAUACAGGUUGAAUGUCUGCUCAGCAGCUGCAAGAGCAAUGACUUUUCCCUCACCCCCAUGUGAAUUUCUCUAACCAAAGCUUGGUCCGGUCCUGUGGGUAUUUUUCUUGUGCAGGAAAGCAACUGGCGUGGGAAAAGCCUUGGAUCACACUGCAGGUAAAACAAAAGGUGAGCCAGGUUGUUCCAGCUCCUGCAGAAGUGACAAACAGGGAAUUCUGCUGUCCAAAGGACAAAGGGAUAAAGCUUUUUUGUAAGCUGUUGAGUGUGUAUGUUGAUGUUGUGUCAUUGUUCCCCUCUGCCCCCAAAAAGCCCAUGUAAACUGUGCCUGGAGGUAUGAACAUAAAGGAAAGGGUAAAAAAAUCAUUUGCCUCAGAGCUGUGGUGCUAGAACUAACUGCUGCUUACAUUAAGUGUUCCACCAUCCUCAGGAUAUCCUUUAAGAUGAUUUUAAGAAUAUUUUUCAGUCUUGUAAACCUUUAACCAAAACAUGGUCUAGAGAAGGCUGUAGGGAUGAGACUGUAGCGGUAAGAUGGGAGGAAAGGAAAGCAGCAAUCUUCUCGAAGUGCUUUCAGUUACUGACAUAUUUACUGAGUGCUCUUUCCCACUGAUUUGUAUUUGUUGAUACCUUGCUUUCUGAGUAGAGCAAUACCACCACUAGGUUCAGGGUAGUGGUGCUGCAGGUCAGAGGUCCUGCAGCACUGGAGCAAACUGCUGUUGCCAGAAUGGUGAGCAGGUAGCUCGUCAUGGGCAAGUGUACAGGACAGGCAUUGAGCAGAAGGCUUCAUACAGCUCUCAUACUGCUGGGCUUGUGAGAGGGGAGGGUUCAGAAGCAUUCUGAAGCGUGCUGGGCACCUGAGCUGAUGCAGCAACUUGGCUCAGUUAAUAGUAGGACAGCAGACAUAACUAACUUGUUUGACAGAUUCUCUGAUCAAUAAGGAUGUUGAUGAGAUGCUGGACUUACUCCUGUCAAAGCUGUAUGAAGCAUAAUCAGGGCACACAGCCUAUGGAAAAGAGGAUUUAAGGUCUUGAUAGUGAACUGCUGCUACAUCAGGAUAAGUUCAAGGAACAGCGACUGGGAGGGAACAAACUAAUUAUUGUUUAGUGUAAGGUGUGGGGGGCAAGAGGAAACCAUCAUGAUUUAUCUCUCAUUAAUGCAAUGAGAAUAAUUUAUCUGUUUUUGUCUAUUAACUUUUUAAAAGUUUUGAAUAAAAUACUUGGUCUGUCUUUC